AAGGAAAGUCAUCAUGGGAGCAUUUUUAGACAAGCCAAAGAUGGAGAAACAUAAUGCCCAGGGGCAAGGGAAUGGACUUCGUUAUGGUCUGAGUAGUAUGCAAGGCUGGCGAGUUGAGAUGGAGGAUGCGCACACGGCUGUGAUUGGUUUGCCAAAUGGACUUGAUGGAUGGUCAUUUUUUGCUGUAUAUGACGGGCACGCUGGAUCACAGGUUGCCAAGUACUGCUGUGAGCACUUAUUAGAUCACAUCACGAGCAACCAGGAUUUUAAAGGGCCAGAUGGGCCACCAUCUGUGGAAAGUGUAAAGAGCGGCAUCAGAACAGGUUUUCUGCAAAUUGAUGAACACAUGAGAAUCAUCUCUGAGAAGAAACAUGGUGCAGACAGAAGUGGGUCAACAGCUGUGGGUGUCAUGAUUUCUCCCCAACAUACAUACUUCAUCAACUGCGGAGACUCGAGAGGUUUACUUUGUAGAAACAGGAAGGUUCACUUCUUCACGCAGGAUCACAAACCAAGUAACCCACUGGAGAAAGAACGAAUACAGAAUGCAGGUGGCUCUGUAAUGAUUCAGCGUGUGAAUGGCUCCCUUGCUGUUUCAAGGGCACUCGGGGACUUUGAUUACAAAUGUGUCCAUGGGAAAGGUCCUACAGAACAGCUAGUCUCACCUGAGCCUGAAGUUUAUGAAAUUGAGAGAUCAGAAGAAGAUGAUCAGUUCAUCAUCCUGGCUUGUGACGGUAUCUGGGAUGUUAUGGGAAAUGAAGAGCUGUGUGACUUUGUAAGAUCCAGACUUGAAGUCACUGAUGACCUUGAGAAAGUUUGCAAUGAGAUAGUUGACACCUGCUUGUACAAGGGAAGUCGAGACAACAUGAGUGUGAUAUUGAUCUGUUUUCCGAACGCACCAAAGGUAUCGCCAGAGGCGGUGAAAAGAGAGGCAGAGUUGGACAAGUACCUGGAAAGCAGAGUAGAAGAGAUCAUAAAGAAGCAGGGUGAAGGAGUCCCAGACUUAGUCCACGUGAUGCGUACGUUAGCAACUGAGAGCAUCCCAAACCUCCCGCCGGGGGGUGAAUUGGCAAGCAAACGGAGUGUGAUUGAAGCCGUUUAUAACAGACUGAACCCCUACAGGAAUGAUGAUACUGAUUCUGCCUCAACUGAUGAUAUGUGGUAAAACUGCUCAUCUAGCUGUGGAGUUCAUGUUUCAUCCUUCAAAUGAAAGUGCAGCCCAACCUCAGUGACCCUUCUCAACAUCCAUCCUCAACUUCACUCAAAGAAGGGAGUAUGUUGGUGAGAGUGACUACAGCAGUACAACACCUAGCCCAGGAACUGAUCUUUUUUGUAAAACAGACUUCUGUAAACGUGAUUUCAAACCAUAAUUCAUGUUGUAAAUCAGACUCCAGCAGUUUAUGUUGUAUGAUUUUGUUUUUGUAAAGUGCAAUUGUCUUUGUACAAAAUGCUCAUAUUUAAUUAUGAACUGCUUUAAAUCACUAUAAAGGUUAGAAGAAAUGUUUGGCUUGUGUGAUGCAACAGUAUAUAUCCCUAGAGAUUCAUGUUGUGGUUUUGGAUUGCAAGGAGCAGCAGCCUAGCCAGCUAGGUGCUCAAGAGGUGCACAAAACUGUAAAGAUAACGUGCUGUUCUAUACGAAAGCUGAACUCCUGGGCAACUUACCAGAAAUUAGAGUGUGUGAAUUUGCUUGGCAACGGAAAAAUAACUGAGUGGUGCACAUCCCUCAAGAGAGGUGUGUCCUUUUCCUGGGGCACGCUCCUGCUCUCACCCCGAG